CUGGGACUCGGUGAGCUUCUCUUGGUGUUGACAUCUUGGUCCCCCUCACCUGUUGGCCAACAUGGACGUCGACAAAUCUCUGGAUGAUCUCAUAGCUGACAAGAAGACAUCCCAACCUCAACGAGGAGGUAGAGGUCGCGGAGGACCUCGAUCAGGUCCGGGAAGAGCUCCACAGGCUCCUUACGCUAGGCCCCCUCCGAGGUCAACAGAUGAGACUUGGGUACACGAUGCGUAUCAAGGGCCCAGUCCUGGAGGUAGGAGGAACGGUGGAGGCCCUCAAGGAGGCUCAGGAUUCGCCGGAUCUCCCGCUGGAACAGGGGUGGGAUUUACUGGUAUCUCACCUAGAAUCGAAGUCGUCGGAUUGCACUAUGAAGUGACCACUCAGGAUCUCAAGAACAUCUUCUCUCAAGCCGGUACACUCGUACAAGGCCCAACCAUUCGCUACGAUCGCUCAGGUCGAUCGCGCGGAGAGGCGACAAUGGAGUUUGCCUCCUACCAACAGGCUCGGAUUGCCAUCAACAAGUUUGACGGCGCCAUGACGAAAGGUCAAACCAUUUCGAUCCGACUCUUACCCCCUCCAACUGCUCGACCCGGCCCUGGAUCCCGACCUGCCUCACAGACUGGGGCUUCGCUCUUGCAGAGGAUGUCUGGACCAGGAGCAGGCGCUGGAUCCAUUCCAAGAGGCAAUGCUCCGCGAGGAAGUGGCAGAGGUGCGCCUCGAGGUCGCGGUGCGCCUGCCAAUCGCGGUCGAAAAGGCCCUGCGAAUGCUGGAGAUCUCGACAAGGAGCUAGACAGCUUCAUGACGACUACGAACGGCAAAGCCGAUGAUGUGGAUAUGGCCUGAGUUGAAAGGGAUACAUACGCCUGGAGAUUGACGUGCUUUCCCAAGAAUCUAUGCAACUAUGUCGUCUUGCCGUGUCCUCGUCUCGUCUACCUCGAUUCCGUGCCCGAUCGCACGGCCGCUCGCUCUCACAGGAAAAUGAAGAUAGCCCCCUUGCCGGCAAAGUGCCGAUUGACUUUGAUGAAUUUGCCG